CGGCGGCGGCGGCGGGGUCGGCGAUGGCUUUCGAGGCGCUGGCGGAGGCGGCGGAGCGAUGGUGCGCCCGCACGCCCUUCCAGCUCAUCGCCGCCGAGGAGACGGAGCGGCGCAUGGACUUCUACGCCGAGCCCGGCGUCUCCUUCUACGUGCUCUGCCCGGAGGCCGCCUGCGGCGACAAUUUCCAUGUGUGGAGCGAAAGUGAGGACUGCUUACCUUUUCUGCAGCUCGCACAGGACUACAUCUCCUCCUGUGGGAAAAAGACGCUCCAUGAAAUAUUGGAAAAAGUCUUCAAAUCCUUCAGACCUUUACUUGGGCUUCCAGAUGUUGAUGAUGAUGCAUUUGAAGAAUAUAACGCAGAUGUGGAAGAAGAGGAGCCUGAAGCCGAUCACCAACAGAUGGGUGUCAGUCAGCAGUGAUUUUCUGAGAAGCUAUAAAAAAAUUCGGAAGCCUUUGGUACCAGGUGGGGUCAGGUGGUCCCACAUUAGCCUGUUUGAAUUAGCACAUCACAAGGGGAUAUCUGGCUGCCAAGAUAAAAGUUUUACAAAACAUGGUUUAAAAAAAAAAUAAUAAUCCGUGAUGAGCUUUGCUAAGAAGUGACCUGAAUUUUGCUCCUGCUUCAGUGGGUUUUCUAUGGAAUUGUCUUGGUAGCAUUCUGCCGUUAUCAGUCUAGAGUAGUUUUGUCGCUGACUUGUCUCUUCGAUUUGUGUUCGAGAGUAGUGUUUGCUGACAUGAAUGUAGAGUACUGAGAAUGUAGGAGGCGUGUGGGGAGAGUGCCAAGUCCUCACCCGUGACCUUUCCAAGGAAACCAGCGCAGAGAGCAAACACCACCUGCGCUUUUCUUUUUAGUUCAACAGUUGUAGGUUUUUGACAAAGUACCAAACGUGGAGAAACUUCUCCUGAAAAACAGUAGUUUAGUAGUUGUUGGUGCUGCAGAAAUGCAUAUGAAGGCCUAACAGAAAUAGUGGGACAUAGGAAGUCCAGGGGGUGUCAGACAUAUUGGUGUCAUUUCACUGACACCUGAGUUUCCAAGUGCUGAAUUAAUACCUGGGAAUAACUGGCACCAGCAGCACACAUUAUGACCAACCCUGGUACUUCGACAUCAUGUGAUCCAAAGGCAAGUGCUGCUUUCUUACAAAUCAAGUAAAAACUAGCUGUCAACUAUCCCACUUCUGCAUGACAACUAACUUUAAGCUUUGCUGGUUUUGUUACACUGCCAAAUUAUUACUCAAACCUCGUGGCAUUGUGCAUUAGAAUCAUGGAAUCAUAGAAUAUGCUGAGCUAGAAGAGACCCAUCAGGAUCCUUGAGUCCAACUCUUGGCCCUGUGCAGGGCACCCUAAGAGUGAAACCGUGUGCCUGAGAAUGUUGUCCAAAUGCUCCUUGAACUCUGCCAGGUUUGUGCUGUGACCACUUCUCUGGGGAGCCUGUUCAGGUGCCCAGCCACCCUCUGGGUGAGGAACCUUUCCUGACAACUAACCUAAACCUCCCCUGACAGCUUCAGGCCGUUCUAUUGGGUCCUGUCACUGGUCAUGAGAGUGAAGAAAUGUGUAGCUGCCCCUCCUCUUCCUCUCCUGAGGAUGCUGAAGACCACGAUGAGGUCUCCCCACAGUGUCCUCCAGGCUGAACAAACCAAGUGACCUCAGCCAUUUCUCACCAGGCUUCCCCUCCAGACCCUCCACCAUCCUUGUUGCCCUCCUCUGGACACUCUCUAAUAGUUAAAUGUCUUCUUUACAUUAUGGCUCCCAAAACUGCCCCCAGCACUUGAGGUGAGGCUGCCCCAGUGCAGAGCAGAGCAGAGCAGGAUAGUCCCUCCCUUGCCUGGCUGGUGAUGCUGUCCCUGAUGCCCCCCAGGGCACACUUUUUCCUCCUGGCUGCCAGGGCACUGAUGACUCAUUUUCAACUCGCCAUCAACCAGGAUCCCAGGUCCCUUUGUGCAGCACUGCUCUCCAGCCUCUCAUUCCCUGGCCUUUACACACAACCAGGGCUGCCCUGUCCCAGGUACAGAAGCCUGCACUUGCCCCUGUUAAACUUCACACAGUUGCUGAUUGCCCAUCUCUAAUUUGUCAGGGACUUUCUGCAGGGCCUCUCUGCCCUGAAGAGAGUUGACAGGUCCUCCCAAUUUAGUGUCUUCAAUAAACUUAGUUAGUAUUCCUUCAAGUCCUGUAUCCUGGUUGUUAAUGAGACGUUGAAGAGCACAGGGCCAAGGAUGGAGUCCUGUGGAACCCCACUGGUGACAUAUCACCAGAUGCCACCCUAUUCACUGUAACCCUUUGUGCCCAUCCUGUGAACCAGUUACUGACCCAUCUCAUGACAUGUUUAUCCAGCUGUGUGCUGGAUAUUUUGGUCAGAAGGAUACUUUUGAUACACUAUCAAAAGCUUUACUGAACUCCAAAUACAUGACAUCAACUUGCUUCCCUUGAUCAGCCAGGUGGAUUACCGUGUGAUAAAAGGAAGUCAGGUUUGACAAGCAGGACUUUGCCUUCAUGAAGCCAUGCUGGCUGUGACCAGUGAUUGCACUGUACUCCAGGUGUUUUUAUAUACCUUCCAGAAUAAUAUUUUCCAUGAUUUUACUGGGCACUGAAGUGAGACUGACAGGCCUGUAGUUUCUGGGAUCUUCCUUGAGUGCAACUUGAAUGCAACUUAACACUGAAGCCAUAAGGGUGUCAACCAGCACGUGGCUCUUAAAAUUAUGCUGGACCUCUUCCUGGGCCUUUGAGAAAGUCUGGGCAUGUACACCUUAUUGAAGGGGAGCCAAAAUACUGCUUCAGCUGAUAUAAAAUCUAGUGAGGUUUUACUUAUCAGGGGACUUGCUCACCAAGGGGUUUAGCAAGGGUCUUAGUAUGAAGGAGAAGAUGAUCCCUCAUACUUUUUACCUGUUCUACAUAGUUCCAAGUAACUUGGAUGAGUGCCAGACUGUGAAGAUGCAGGGUCUCUUUAUUUACUUGCCUUUUGUACCGAAAAUAUAAGAAGCAAAGGUAAUUCUGUUGUAAUACAGCUGUUUUCCACAAUCAAGAACAAUGUUUCUAAAUUUACUCCUUUUUUUCCAAUUUUUUAAAGAUUGUAAAAUGAAGGUCACACGCCUCAAAAGCCCUUUUAUACAGAAUUAGCUUUAUUAAAAAAGUGAGUGAAGAGAAAAUGCUUGGACAAUUCCUAUAAAUAACUUUCAUAAUUUUGAAAA